UGAGUGGCGGCGGGCCGGUUUUCCGGCGCUCCCCUCCCCUUCUCCCUCCCUCCCUGUCCCUCCCUUGGCGACCGCGCGUCGCGGGGAUUCCCGACCCGGCCUCGGCGUGAGUGCGGGGGCCUUAAGCAGCUGAGGCGCCGCGGCAGAGAAGGAAGAGGACCGCGACCCUCGGUCCCCGCUCCGCGUCACCGCGCUCGCCGCCGCCAUGGCCAUGAGGCAGACGCCGCUCACUUGCUCGGGCCACACGCGGCCCGUGGUGGAUUUGGCCUUCAGCGGCAUCACGCCUUACGGCUACUUUCUGAUCAGCGCUUGCAAAGAUGGCAAACCUAUGCUCCGCCAGGGAGAUACAGGAGACUGGAUCGGAACAUUUUUGGGUCAUAAAGGUGCUGUUUGGGGUGCAACAUUGAAUAAGGACGCCACCAAAGCUGCCACAGCAGCUGCAGACUUCACAGCCAAAGUGUGGGACGCUGUCUCUGGAGAUGAACUGAUGACCCUGGCUCACAAGCACAUCGUCAAGACCGUGGAUUUCACACAGGAUAGCAAUUACCUGUUGACUGGAGGACAGGACAAACUGCUGCGCAUAUACGACUUGAACAAACCUGAAGCAGAACCCAAGGAAAUUAGUGGUCACACGUCCGGUAUUAAAAAGGCUCUGUGGUGCAGUGAGGAUAAACAGAUCCUUUCAGCUGAUGAUAAAACUGUUCGGCUCUGGGAUCAUGCCACAAUGACAGAAGUAAAAUCUCUAAAUUUUAAUAUGUCUGUUAGCAGCAUGGAAUAUAUUCCUGAGGGAGAGAUCUUGGUCAUUACUUAUGGGCGAUCCAUUGCUUUUCAUAGUGCAGUAAGUCUGGAGCCAAUUAAAUCCUUUGAAGCUCCUGCAACCAUCAAUUCUGCAUCUCUUCAUCCUGAGAAGGAAUUUCUUGUUGCUGGUGGAGAAGACUUUAAACUGUAUAAGUAUGAUUAUAAUAGUGGAGAGGAAUUAGAAUCCUACAAAGGUCACUUUGGCCCCAUUCACUGUGUGAGAUUCAGUCCCGAUGGUGAACUCUAUGCCAGUGGUUCUGAAGAUGGGACACUGAGAUUGUGGCAAACUGUGGUUGGAAAGACCUACGGCCUGUGGAAAUGCGUGCUUCCUGAGGAAGAUAGCGGGGAACUGGCAAAGCCAAAGAUCGGAUUUCCAGAAACAGCAGAAGAAGAGCUGGAAGAGAUUGCUUCAGAGAAUUCAGAUUCCAUCUAUUCGUCAACUCCUGAAGUGAAGGCCUGAGCAGCGUCAGACGUGUGCCGCAGAUGCCAUGCAGUUGAUGGACUGAACAAGCAGAGACCGGCAUCGGCCUUCAGUUACUCUGCCUGUGGCAAAGGGGACAGACUGUUGGGGCAUGGAUUGCUCCAGUGCACGAACCACUACAGUGUUGCCUGUGAGGGAACUGGCUGAGCGUGCGGUGCAGGCAGGAGGAGUCUGUUCACCUAGUGCCUGCCAAAGCCUGCUGCCGUGAUGAAAAGCCAACUUAGUGUCCACUUUACCCCAGAUCUCCUGUAGCUGUUUCUGUCAUGGAGAAGAAAAAUAUAUUGGCCUAUUUUUCUGACAUUUCCCUUGAAGAAUGCCUUUUUUUCUCUGCUUAGUUGUGAAGAAGAGGAAAUACAUGAUAAAGUAACUGGUUUGAUCUCUUUCAUUGUACACUGACGGCUUCUGGACAUCUAAUUUUUUAGUUAUCUAAAUAAAAUGCCUCUAAAACAAUAA